AUGCGAACGUUGCCGCUGGUUCUGCUCUUAUCCUUGUUCCUAUCGCCACCACCGGCAAGCUCCCGUCAGGUGGGCCGAUGCAGUUUGGCCAGGAAACUCUAUCGCUAUGGGAUGCCCUACAACGAGCUACCCGACUGGCUGUGCCUCGUCGAAGGCGAGAGCUCCUUCAACACCAAGGCCAUCAAUCCCUCGAAUGCUGACGGAUCCGUGGACUGGGGUUUGUUCCAGAUCAACGACCGCUAUUGGUGCAAGCCCGCGGACGGACGUCCCUCCACGGAUCUCUGCCGGCUGCCCUGUCGCCUGCUGCUAAGCGACGACAUCAGGUACUCAAUUGCCUGCGCCAAGUACAUCAGGAAACAGCAGGGAUUCUCCGCCUGGGUGGCCUGGAACAAUCGCUGCCAGGGGGUUAAGCCCAAUGUGAAUCACUGCUUCAGGAGGCGGCACAGGAACUCAGGCUAA